AUUGCCUCUUCAAGUACUAUAAAGUAAUAUUGUGCAUACGAACGGCAAUAUACCGCAGGUGACUUUAAUCCUUGAAGGUGUGUUAACUGAUCAUACAUAGAAUAACUAUAAACUCUCUUCGUGGUCUACCAAUCAAGCUUAUGGUCAAAUAGGAUGAGUUAAAUAAAUGUCAUAAAAUAAUUUGUCGCACAUCAACAUGGAUGUCAAUGUUCCAGGUCUGGUAUCAGUAAUUUUGUUCUAUGUUCUGAUUCUCGGCAUAGGAAUAUGGGCUGCAAGGAGAAAAAGGAAUUCAAAUAAUGAGGAUUUAAUGUUAGCUGGGAGAGAUAUAGGUGUUUUCGUGGGCGUGUUUACAAUGACUGCAACUUGGGUAGGAGGUGGUUUUAUAAAUGGAACAUCAGAAGCUAUUUAUUCCUGGGGUUUUGUGUGGUGUCAGGCUCCAUUUGGUUAUGCCGCCAGUCUAUGGUUUGGUGGAUUUUUCUUUGCCAAACGAAUGAGAUCACAAGGAUACGUUACAAUGUUAGAUCCCAUACAACAAAAAUAUGGCGACCGGAUGGGAGGAUUGCUGUAUCUCCCUUCACUAAUGGGGGAACUCUUUUGGUCCGCUGCCAUUCUGGGUGCUCUGGGGUCAACUUUGUCAGUUAUAAUAUCACUUAACUACGACUUAGCUGUCAUAGCAUCUGCAUGUAUUGCUGUAUUUUACACAUUGUUUGGUGGACUCUAUUCUGUAGCGUAUACAGAUGUUGUGCAGCUUAUAUGCAUAUUCUUUGGUCUUUGGUUGUCUAUACCUUUUGCCAUGACACACGAUGCUGUGAGUGAUAUUACAGUUAAUUACACAACAGUCUGGAUAAAAGAACUAGACCCAGCAUAUUCCGGACAGUAUAUCGAUGCGUUUCUACUCCUGAUAUUCGGAGGUAUCGGGUGGCAGGUAUAUUUCCAAAGAGUUUUAUCAGCACGGACGACUAGGAUAGCAGAGAAUUUAUCGUACUUUGCUGGUUUCGGUUGUCUGUUUCUUACUAUCCCACCAUUACUAAUAGGAGCUAUUGCUGCACAAACAGACUGGAGUCAAACUGGAUAUGAGUCAGCAAAAAAUUUAUCCGGGGCACUACCGGAAAGUGACGCACGAAUGGUAUUACCAUUGGUUUUACAGUAUUUAUGCCCGAGUGCUGUGUCCUUUUUUGGUUUGGGAGCUGUAGCCGCGGCAGUUAUGUCGUCUGCCGAUUCUUCUGUUUUAUCUGCUAGUGGGAUGUUUUCGAGAAACAUUUAUAGAGCAAUAUUCAGACAACAGGCAUCCGAACGCGAACUGACAUGGGUGUUAAGAAUUGCAAUUUUUGGAGUUGGAGUCGUGGCUACAGUAAUUGCAAUAACUGUUGGUUCAAUAUAUGAAUUGUGGUUCUUGUGCUCGGAUUUUGUGUAUGUCAUGGUAUAUCCACAACUUACAUGUGUUGUGUAUUUCACUGGUACAAACACAUAUGGAUCUCUAGCUGGAUUCAUUAUUGGACUCUUCUUUCGGCUAGCAGGGGGCGAUAACCUUUUAGGGUUUAAACCCUUGAUCAGAUAUCCAUGGUAUAUAGAGAAAGAUAAUACGCAACUUUUUCCAUACAAAACAUUUGCAAUGCUGCUUACAUUUGUAUCUAUAUUCACAGUGUCAUAUUCAGCAAAUUAUCUUUUCAAAAGAGGCAUUUUAAGUAAGCAAUACGACGUAUUUAAGUGCAUUGUUAACUUACCAAAGAAAAGGCCGAGUAAAAUCUUUAAUCCAGCACAAGAAUUAAAUGUAGAAAUGUCAAGUAAAAUGACUGUCACAACGUAUGCAGAGGGAGCAGAUGAUGUACCACCGCCUUAUACAGAAGCUGCUUCAAAUCAAGAGGUACUUCAAACGAAACUUUAAUAGUAAAAUCGUAUUGAAGUGAAAAUAGUUUAAUUUACAUACGAAGUUUUUGAUGAAACAGUUGAAGUAGAAAUACCUACUAGUAUAACAAUGGACAUAUUCUAAAAAUGAAAAAAAGAGAUACAUGUACAUGUUUUCAACUAAAACGGCAUUGCAUUGGAGAAAAAAAAUCGUUCCAGGUAAGAAGGUGAAUACUAAUUGUGGCAAUAUUGAUUGAUGUACUUAUAUUCAUUUAUCAGAAGAAAAAAGUGGAGGCAUUUUGGCACUAUCCAUGUCGUGUUCAUCUGUGCGACGGUUCCAGUUCCUUUUUGUUGAAAGAUGAAUUUAUUUAAAUUUGCAUCAAAUGUACAUAACUUUAUACUCCCUAACACAAGCUGAUUACCUUCUGAAUGGUAUAUAGUGUAUGUAUGUAUGUUUGUUAUGUUAAUGUUUAUAUGUAAUACAGCGAUUUUCCUAUUAUACUGGAUUGAUUUUAUACUAAAAAAAUAUGUUAAUUAGUUAGUUAGUUUUUCCUCCUAAUUCUAUAGAAUUCAGCUAAGCAAUGUCGAUAAAAUGUUGACGUUAUAGAAAGA